GAAGUAAAUAUUGUUCAAAACAACUUUUUAUCCUGUCUUAGAUGAAACAAGCUGAAGAUAAACAGCCAUUAUGGAAACCUGAGUUUUUAGGUGAAGCGAACAUGCACAUUUUUGAAGACUGGUGUGGAGGAUCUGUGCACCAUUUAAGGAUGAAUCUGCUGUACCCUCUUUACCCACAUAUUCGGACCAAAAUCCGCAGACUUGCUGUUAGUGCUGGAUGGGAAAACUACGGUCUGAGAAUCUUUGGAUACCUUCAACCUAGAUAUAGUGGUGAAUACAUUUUUGCUGUUGCAUCUGAUAACAAUGCAGAAUUCUGGCUGAGUUCAGAUGACAGCACUGAAAGACUCAAUCUUUUGGCCUAUCUUGGCAAGACAGGAAAUGAAUGGGCAGCUCCAGGAGAGUAUGAGAAAUUUGCAUCUCAAAUAUCUCAGCCUGUAUUGCUAUCAAAAAAUAUGCGGUAUUUCUUUGAAGUUCUCUAUAAACAAAGUGAAGGAACUGAUCACCUGGAGGUUGCUUGGCGUCUCAAUGAGGAAGAGAGUAUUUUCGAGGUCAUUACUGCAGAGUAUUUGUCACUCUAUAAUGAUGAGUCUAAUAUACUGCUGGUGGAUAAUAAUCACAUCCCUCAAACAAAAACCAGUCAAGGGUUGUUCCCUUACCAUGUUUUAAAGUCAGCCAAGCACCAGGUGGACAUGAUCAAAGCGGACCCACGAGACUUUAUGUAUAAGACACCUCUGAUAAAGGAGUCCUAUUUGGAAAAUCUUUUUCCUGUAUGUGAAUACUAUCCACUUCAUAUGUUUGACAAUGACACCAUUGAGAGAUAUGAUGGAAUAAAUCAUGUUUUCUACUCCUCUGUGUAUCCCAAUGACUACACAAGACUAGCUCAUGAAGGGAUUGAUAGAGAGAUAUGCUUUUACCAAAAGGAUGAAACAUAUGAUAAAGAACGUGGAUUUGGUCAAUAUCUGAAAAUUGAAAACAUAGCAGAUGAAGGAAAAGUGGACGAAUCAGAAAAACAGAAAAUAAACAAGCCAAAAUGGAAACAGGUCUUCAGUGUAAAUGCUUCAGAUUUCCAUGAAAAGCAGGGUGAUAUUGUUGUUAACACCUGCAAUAGAGCUGGAAAUAUUAUAAUGGUCAAAAAAGAGGUCAUGCCUGUAGUUGAAGCCUUCAUGACACUACUACACAAAUCAGAUACCUCAAGGGAUCUGGUCUUAAAGCGUGUGCUAAAUGUGGAGAAGAAAACAGAUGAUGCUUUAGGCAGUCGAUUUCUGUUGGAGCUAGAGCUGGAGAACACGCAGGGGGAUAUUAUUCUGCUUUCUAAGUAUUUUUUUGCUACUAAGUACAAAAAUAAAGGGAAAAAUCCAGAACGUCCUAGCCUCUGCAGCCCAAAAGGUUUCUCCUGGAAUCCAGAUGCAAAAGUCCAUGUUAUUCUAACAGUGAAAAACCAAGGGAGAUGGGUCAUACAUUUCCUAAAGGAAAUGGAGAAAGUGUACAAAGCCACAGGAGACAAAAACUUCAACAUCAUUCUCGUAGACUAUAAUAGCACAGAUAUUGAUGUAGAGAAGGAAUUGACAAAUUCAAACUUACCAAGCUACCAGUUUUUGAGAAUGUAUGGACCUUUUGGCAGAUCUCCAGGACUCCAAGCAGGAAUAGAUCUUGUUGAAGAUGAGAACAGUAUUUUGUUUCUUUGUGACCUGCACCUCCAUUUCCCGCCGAUGAUAAUAGACUCUUUGCGUAAACACUGUGUGCAAGGGAAAAUGGUGUUUGCUCCUGUAGUAAUGAGGCUGGAAUGUGGAGCAACAAUCCAUGCUCCUGCAGGUUUCUGGGAAACUAUGGGAUAUGGUCUGAUUGGCAUUUAUAAAUCAGACAUAAUUCGAAUUGGAGGAAUGAAUAUUAAAGAAUUUACAGACAAGUGGGGAGGAGAAGACUGGGAAUUGCUGGACAGAAUUCUAUUGAACAAGCUGGAGGUGGAACGACUAAACAUCAGGAAUUUUUUACACUUCUUCCAUUCGAAGCAUGGCAUGUGGAACACUGCAUAA